UAUCAAUGGCAGCUGACCGUAGUUCAUGGUGAACAUAACCACAAGCCCUCCCACAACCCUGCCGCCCACCCAAUUCUGCGGAGACUUACCGAUUCCCAGAGAGGAAUGACACAUGCGCUGCUUCAGGCAAACGUUCAGCCACGCCAAGCUGUCACCGCUUUACGACAGCAUGUGGACCCGUGCUACGCCAUCCAGAAGACAAUAUACAAUGAGCAGCAAGCCCUCCGCACGCAAGCAUUGGAUGGCCGCACCCCAUUGCAGUCGCUUCUCCAACAGCUA